UAAUACAAAGUGGCGUUGCCAGUGGUGACGCGUCUCUAUCCUCCGUAGACCCGCCCUCUCCCGCAGCGUUCCGUUUGAUUGGCCAACAACUGCGAGUCUCGCCGCUGAUUGGUCACCUUAGACGUCCGUCUUGUAGCGGGUAUAUUUAGCUGAUUGCAUUACUGGAAUCGGAUUUAUCCGCAGUCCAACUGGAUAUUCUGGUCGUUUUCCACCCUGCGGUUCCGUUCCGACCCGAACCUGACGGGCAGUCCGCGUUUCUGCCGGUGAAGCUGAGGUUAACGGUCCAGAAGGUUCUGGAUCAUCGGUGGAUCCGUGACAUGUCUUCAGACGAAGACCGGGCCAAGGAGAUCCUCAAGGGCUUCAAGCUAAACUGGAUGAACCUCCGCGAUGCGGAGACGGGAAAGGUUUUGUGGCAGGGGACGGAGGACCUGUCGGUACCAGGGGUGGAGCAUGAAGCUCGAGUACCAAAGAAGAUCCUAAAGUGCAAAGCGGUGUCCAGAGAGCUGAACUUCUCUUCCACGGAGAAGCUGGAGAAGUUCAGGCUGGAGCAGAAAGUUCUCUUUAAAGGACAGUGUCUAGAAGAGUGGUUCUUUGAGUUCGGCUUUGUCAUUCCAAACUCCACCAACACGUGGCAGUCGCUAAUCGAAGCUGCUCCAGAAUCACAGAUGAUGCCUGCCAACGUUCUGACUGGGAACGUGAUCAUAGAGACCAAGUUUUUUGAUGAUGACCUCCACGUUAGCACAUCCCGGGUCCGGCUUUUCUACGUCUGACCCCAAGCUAGACCUCUGACUGUGCCCUCUAAGUGCUGACGUCCUCCACCGUCACCAACCACACCACGGUUAGGUCCAGUUGGCAGCAGUGGCGCUGAUGUGGAGUCGGCACGCUCUGGUCCGCAGAGCACAGUCAACAAAGCGAGCUUCAUGUUUUGGUUGCCCACCCCUGUUUUGAUUGACUGGAAGGGUUGUUAUGAACCUGAGAUGAGGGGCAAUGAGGAGCCGCACUGUUUCCUGCUCCAGGAACCUAUUCCCACAUUUUUCUUCUACCUGAUGGACCAAACGCCUCACCUUCACUCCUCUUUUUUUUCCCCUUGUUGAACCUGUUUUGAGAGCAUGACGUCCGACCGAUGAAUCUGUGUGAACUGCCCCAGAAGCUCAUGGAAAGCUGUCUCUGGACAGCACUGCUCCUAGAUUUGGCCACAUCUGACCGAGGAGUGAAGUCUCAAGUGAGUUCAGAUCCUGAUGGUGCUGCAGGUCCAUUUCACAUCAGACUUCAUCGUGGCUGUGUCCCGUUUCAGAGGUCACCGUAUUUGUUCAGGAACAGCAAGCAUCAGGUGAGGACAGGUACUCUACCUGUGUGCUGAUGGACAGUUUCAAAAGGCCUUUUGUUUGUUUAGUACAAAACCUUCCUUAGCUCAGAGAAACAGUGACGGGAUUGAGCGAGCAGCCUCUGAGGUGGGACACAGCUUCGGUGAGGCCAGGUUCAGCUGACAGACUCUCCUAACUGCUGUCCUCCAGAGAAGUCACCAGAUGUUCACCAGCAACCUCAGAGAGCUUUGUGAGUCACCUGUGGAGCCUUCCCAAGCUCUGUUCCACUGCAGCACUGAAGCUUGGCUCCACUUUUCCCGAUCAUCGUGAACCCCUGCAGCUUCUUCCUGAACAUUCUCAUAGAUCUGGAAUUUUCUCAUCUCUUCACUCUUUGUUUUUCUUAGCUGCUCUCUGAACCCGUGUGAAAUAGACUUGUGUUUUACUAUGACAAGAGUUGUGGAUUAAAGUUUAACAAUGUUGUAAUAA